AUGCAACAGGUGGAUAGCACACGUCCAGUCGAGGACGUCCAGAAUGAAGAACAACGAGAUGUGAUGGGUGAAAGAUUUGGUGAAACAAGAGGUCGAGGAGGCCGCGGAGGUCGCGUUAUCCGAGGACGGCCACCAUUGCCCACCCCUUUAUAUCAUACACCAGGAAUUCGUGUUUAUACCCGAUAUUAUCGUGUAUUCAGCCGAGGUGGACGAGGUGGUUCACGGCUGUUCAAUGGCGAUGCGAACCAGAAUGCCCAGGAUACGCAGCCGGAACUGAAUGGUGACCAGAAUUUUGGCCAGUUCGAAAGCGAACAUUUUGGAACGUUUCGCGGUGGCUUCCGCGGUGGACGAGGGGGAUAUUAUCGCGGAUUCGAUCGUGAUGGUGAACGGCCCGCAUUUCGUGGUGGACGCGGUGGUCGUGGUGGACGCCAGUUCGACCGGAUGAGUGGAUCGGACAGACAGGGACCCAGAUCACUGGAAAAGAAAGAUGGAUUUGGUAAAGGCAACUGGGGAACCGAACAGGAUGAACUGAACGCACAGACUGAACAACCCAACAACACUGCCGAUAGUGGCGAAAAGGAAGAGGCAGUGGUGGUGCCACGGGAAAAAACGGAAGAAGAGUUGCGUAUAGAGGCCGAAGAAGAGGCACUGUCGAAGCAGCUUACUCUGGACGAGUUCAAAGCUCAGCUGGCCGCCAAACGCUCCGAGCCUCACUUCAACAUACGUCAGGCCGGUGAAGGAACUAAUGAUAAAGACUUCGGGAAACUCGUCCCACUCACCAAAUCGUUUGUGGACGAAACGCCCGAAGAGGAAAUUGUCGUUGUGCGUCGUGAACCACGUACGAAACGCCUCGACAUUGAAAUCAAUUUUACGGACGAGCAACGCGGUAGUCGUGGUGGACGUAUGCGUGAUGGCUUUAGAGGUGGACGAGGAUUUCGCGGUGGCCGUGAGGGACGUGGCGGCGGCGGCAGCGGCGCGAGACAAACUCAAACAUUUGAGGUGUCCCCGGAUGCUUUCCCCGCACUUGGAAGCCACUGA